UAGAGAGAAAGAGAGAGAGAGAGGACGAAAAAACAAAUUUGAAAAGGAUAGCACGUAGUACGUUAGAUAUUCUCCUUCUCUUUAUUUUCUUCGAGUAGGAUGUAUUUACUCGCGCGCAUCGAAUUUAUAAGGGGUGGGCGUUAAACUGUAUUCGAUGUAACACAAUACAAUGCAACACAUACACAACACGUAUAUAACUUAUACACAUGCCUCUUACGUGACAUAUGUACACGUGUUAAACGUAAAUACACAUGCCACACAUACGCAAACAUAUAUUCAUUCUCUCGAAGUUAUCCGAGAGGUAGUGUGGAAAGCAACAGAGAGCACAAAUAGCAUCGUUCGCUAUCGUUCGGUUACUCCCGGCGAGCGAUCGAGAGUUGAGAACGCGCGACACGAGGAAGACGAAUGUAUUUGAAGUGCGCAGCAAAUGAGAACGUAAAGUGUGCGUUAAAUUUCCUAUCCUUCAUUUCGUUUAUUGUACCAAUUUCUUUUAUUAUUGUUCCGUCGAAUAAUCAAAGGAUAUCAAAGGAAAAGAAGAGUGUGCGCAGCGACAUUUGUUGUUGUUGAGGUUAUGUUCGUGGUCGCGUGAGUGGGAGCGAGAUAGACGAUGCUUUAUUGUCAUCGUCGUUUUAUGGCGCGUAAUACGCGCCUCGUCUCCGUCGUCGUCGUCGUCGACGUCCAGAAGACGGUGGAUGAUAGAGCAUCGAGAAUAAAGAUGAUGUCGAUGACGUGACUCGAUUUGAAAGAGAGAGAGAGAAAGAGAGAGAGAGAGAGAGAGAGAGGAUAGAGAAAGAGAUAGACAGACAAAUUAAAAAAUAGAAAGAGAAAAAAAGAGAAAGAGAUGGAAUCGCGACGACCGAACGACGAUGACGACGAUGAUCGAGACGACGAUCUAACGUCGGACUCGAUCGAUCGAGAUGAUCGAAGUGCUACCACUUCCGGGGAGGGACCACCCUCUGGACCAGGUGCUGGUCUAGAGUACGACCUCUGGGAGGGACAAUUUCAGUUUGUCGGCCAGGUACCCCGUGUCGCAAGGACGCCCAGACGACAUGUUCCUUCGCUUACAGGACAAAAUAUACACGUUCGUAGAAACGUGUUGCAAAAAUGCCAAUUCGUAGGAAAUGCGUUUCUAGCUGUUUUAAUAGCUAUUGAUAAGAAUAGCAAACGAGAAAUCUACGGAUGUCCACAUUUGAUAUUCUAACCGCAUGAGUCUUACUAUCGAGAAUGCACAAGUGCAACGCCUUACAGUGGAAUGUCUUUUAUACGUAUUGAAUAUUUUAUUCGAAAGAAAGGAUUUCCGUUCUCUUAAUUUUUAUAUAAGAGAAAUUAUACGAAUAAAUCAUUUUUUGAGAUA